AUUUGUUCGGCGAUAAAACUUUGGUCAAGAUGGCCGAUCAACCAACCACAACGCACCCCACCACGAUGCAAACUUCAUUGGAAAGCUCAAUUGCAUCUGAGGGCACAGCAUAUCCUACCCCAAUCGUAAUAACGGAACGUCUGAUAAUCCGUCCAAUGUACCUGCCAGACGCCCCAUCCAUGGCUUUACACGCCAACGACCUACUCGUCUCACAGUACAUGUCUCUCGGCUUUCCGAGCCCCUACACAAUAUCCAGCGCCGAGGCAUGGAUCAACAUGAACAAUGCACUUCCAUACCAAGAGGCUUUUGUUGUAUGCGAGCGCUCGGCACCGGACGUUGUAAUUGGAGGACUCGGCAUCAAGCCUGGUAGUGAUGUCAAUGCUCACACUGGCGAAGUUGGUUACUGGAUUGCCCAAGCGCACUGGGGAAAAGGCUACAUGCCAGAGGCGUUGCAGGGAUUCAGGGAUAGGAAUGGACAGCGCCUGACGAGGAUAUGGGGU